ACUCUCAGCCUCAGGGACGAGCAGCCUGCAGCAUAGAAACACCGGGCAGCAGUCUUACGUUACUCGCCCCAAAUAAAACGCUGCGUAAUAAAACGGAAUUCAAACACGGCGGCAGCAAACCUAGGGAUCCACACUCGACUCGAGAAAAUAAAGCAAGAAGGAGAAGUAGAGAUUUCAGCUUUUCUGGAGUUUUGGAAGGAACAAAAUGUCUAAACCUAAUUACUCCGGCACGUUUCAUAUGGUGGAUCAGGUUAAUAUGGACGCCUACCUCGCAGCUUUAGAUAUUAAUUUUGCCCUGAGGAAGAUUGUGUGUCUGUUGAAGCCCUCCAAAGAGAUCAGCCAUGAAGUGGCCACAGGGGCCAUGAAGAUCCGCACUCUCACCACCUUCAAGAACUUCAACAUGGAUUUCACUAUCGGAGAAGAAUUCACUGAAGACCUGAGACCAGUGGACGGUCGUACCUGUCAGACUACAGUGAGCUGGGAAGGAGAUAACCUGGUUUGUGUGCAGCGAGGAGAGAAAGAUGGACGAGGCUGGACACACUGGCUGGAGGGUGACAAGCUGCAUUUGGAGAUGAGAGUUCAAGGUAUCGUUGCCAAGCAAGUCUUCAAGAAGGCUGAUUGAAAUAAGUGAAAAUCUGUUUUCGUGAAAUUAUUAAGAGAAUACAGUUAAAGGGAUACUUUGCCUAUUUUCAUCUAGCUUUGUACCAUAGCAAUGUGGGUACUACUAUGUGUAAAUGAAGCGUUAUUAUGGAACCCACGCAACUUCUAGGGCAUGACCCGCCCUUCAAUAGCAUUCACACUCUACUAUUGGCCAGGCGUCCAUGCUUACGCAAUGUAACGGAACCCAAUUUCUUCAGGUCCUAACCACUGACCAGUCGGCUAUCCUAACCUAAACUACUAGAAGUCAAUGCCUAGCCCCAGCCAAUCUGGCUGCAUUGUAGGGCGGGACUUGCCAAGAAGUAGCGUGGGAUCCAUAAUAAUGCAUAAGGAACUAUGGUAAACUUCCCCUUGAUCUUGCCGGCUCCCAGAUCUCCGUGCUCAUCUGCCAGCAAAACGCCAGCGAAAGAUGCAUUUUGCUGCCCCUCUCUCUCUCUCUCGCACUAAUUUAGACAGAACUAAGUUUAAACUGUGAAACUAGACAGUGCUGAUCGAAUAAACAAAGACAUACAACCAACUCACCUAGAUGUUUUUCAGAAAUAUCUUUUAUCUUACCGUAGUCAUAUGGAAAAAGUUUGGGCACCCCUGAAAAUUCCCAUGAUUUUAAUUUAUAAACAAUUGGGUGUUUGGAUCAGCAAUUUAAUUUUAAUCAAUCAAAUAACUGAUGGACACAGUAAUAUUUAAGUAGUGAAAUUAGGUUUAUUGGAUUAACAGAAAAUUGUGUAAUGUGCAUCAAAACAAAAUAGACAGGUGCAUUAAUUUGGGCACCCCGACAGGAAGAGAAAAAAAACAAUCACAAUUUUCAGUCAAGCUUCCUUUUGCAAAAAUCACAGCCUCUAGACGCCAGUAAUGAGUGUCUGGAUUCUGGAUGAAGGUAUGUUGGACCAUUCCUCCUUACAAAACAUCUCCAGGUCAGUUAGGUGGGAUGGUGGCCGAGCAUGGACAGCCCGCUUUAAAUCAUCCUACAGAUGUUCAAUGAUAUUCAGGUCUGGGUACUGGGAUGGCCAUUCCAGAACAUUGUACUCGUUCCUCUGCAUAAAUGUCAGAGUAGAUUUCGAGCAGUGUUUUGGGUGUCUUGUUGAAAUAUCCAGCUCCGGCAUAACUUCCUCUUUGUGACUGACUCUUUAACAUUAUUCUCAAGAAUCUGCUGAUAUUGAGUGGAAUCCAAUGAAACCCUCAACGUUAACAAGAUUCGCAGUACCGACACUGGCCACACAGCCCCACAGCAUGAUGGAACCUCCACCAAAUUUUACUGUGGUUUAAGUGUUUUUCUUGAAACGCUGUGUUCUUUUGCCACCACGCCGCUUGUUACCACCAAGUAACUCAAUCUUUGUUUCAUCAGUCCACAGCACCUUAUUCCAAAAUGAAGCUGGCUUGUCCAAAAGUGCAUUUGCAUACCUCAAGCAGCAAGCAGCAAGAUGAUGUUGUAGGUCUUUGGAGGUGGUCUGUGGGCUGUUUUUGACCGAUCUCGCCAUCGCCGCUACGAUAUUUUACUUGGCCUGCCACUCCUGGCCUUAACCCUAACUGUGCCUGUGGUCUUCCACUUUCUCACCAUGUUCAUCACAGUGGACACUGACAGCUUACGUAUAUAGCUUUUUGUAGCCUUCCCUUAAAACAAAAUGUUGAACAAUCUAUGUUUUCAGGCCGUUUGAGAGUUAUUUUGAGGCCCCCAUGUUGCCACUCUUCAGAGGAGAGUCAACAAGAACAACUUGCAAUUGGCCACUUAAAAUACCUUCUCAUGAUUGGAUGCACCUGUCUAUGAAGUCCAUGAAGGCUUAAUGAGCUAACCAAAACAAUUGUGUGAUCCAAUCAAUCAGUGCUAAAUAGUUACAGAUAUUCAAAUCAACAAAAUGACAAGGGUGUCCACAUUUUUGCAUUUUCACAUCUGAUUUAAUUUCAUAUUGCUACACUAAAUAUCUGUGUCUGGAAAAUACCCCAGUAGUUAGCUUUUAUUAGAAAAUAAAUGGCAUGCAACUGUGAUCAUUUUCUUUGAUGACAGAGUAAAAUAUGAUGCAGCCUCGGAGGGGUACACUGUAGCUGUAAUACAAGAUUGUUUGCCACCAGCCGGUGGCCAUUUUAUAUCUGUGAGGUGCUCGUUCGAGAUGAGCCAGGCCGGCGCAGUAUUGAUCAACUCCGGCGUUCUCAAUGUAGGCUGUCAGUUGAAUGGCGUAUUGAACUAACGUUAACAAUCAAUUAAUCAUAGAUAGCUAAAUCUAGAUUUCACAAAUUUCAGUAUUACAGUUAUGUCGUAAACCAUUUAAAUCUGAGAAUGCUCAACUAACAUCUGCACUCGAGAAGAGCUGGUCCGACUCGACUGUCAUUGGCUAUGACGCGUUAUGCCAUAAAUCGAUUUCAUCUGAGUGUAAGCGACUCAAAUCUGCACUCGCCUCUCAAUGGGCAGUGACACCCCUAACCUACUGCAAGACCAGGCAAGCCCAGGGCAUGCUGGGAAACGCCUGCCUCUCAGCUGAUCUAACAGCUGAUUGGUUCAGAAUUGACACAACAUGAUGACGUUUUAUAGAAACUUAUUGUUUUUGAAUUGGAGGGAUUUUAAUUGCUAUUUGUCUGAUUUUAAUGGCUCAUUCUGUACAGAACACAUGUAGUGUGGCUGAUAGUGACAUUUAGAAAUCGGAGAGACUAAAUUCGUUAAGAUUAUGUAUAAUCUACAGUCUGUUGUUUAUUAUCAUCAGCAACAGACUGCAUGUAGAACAUUUUACAGCUACUCUGUUAUAAUAAAAACUGUAGACUGUGUACAAGCUGAUAAAUGGGUCUGAUAACAUUUUGUUACAGCGGAAUCAGACCUAACGACGUAAAAGCGGCUGGACUUAACUGCGUUUUUUUUGUCACCACCCCCGGCUGCUGCUACUUUACAGGUGAGGAGCAAUUCAUCUUAAACGAGCCUACUAUGUCACCCACUAGCAGGAGCCUUUCUUGUUUUGAUGCGUUGCAGUGCAUUCUGGUAGUUGUAGGCAAAAGGAAUACAGCCCCUUUCCUAAAUUUUCUCUGGCCUUGUAGCACCAAUUUAAAAACAGCCAAGUUUUAUGAAGAGACCCUUUUUCCAUUGGUAAAAUACUUCUUUAAGGUUUUGGUACAUUUUAAUCAUUUUUAUAUAUUUU